AUGGUGGCUUUGUCAAUGGUUUUGGGGUUCCUGCUGGCCCUGAGCAGAGGUGAGGCCACAGAACAGAGGAAUCCUGACCUGCAUAAGACGGGGUCCUGCCAGCCAGCCCCCUCCUGCAAGGAGUGCAUCCUCUCACAUCCCACCUGUGCGUGGUGCAAGCAACUGAACUUCACCGCCUCUGGGGAGGCGGAGGCAAGGCGCUGCGCUGGGCGAAAAGAGCUGCUGGACCGGGGCUGUCCUUUAGAAGAGUUGGAGGAGCCCCGCAGUCGGCAGGAGGUGCUGGAGGACCACCCGUUCAGCCAGGGCAUUCAUGGGGAAGGGACCAUCCAGCUGGCGCCACAGCGGGUCCGGGUCACACUACGACCGGGAGAACCACAGCGACUCCAGGUUCGCUUCCGCCGGGCAGAGGGAUACCCUGUGGAUCUGUACUAUCUCAUGGACCUGAGCUACUCCAUGAAGGACGACUUGGAGAUUGUGCGCCAGCUGGGGCACGACCUGCUGCUCAGGCUGCAGAAGGUCACCCAUUCCGUGCGCAUUGGCUUUGGCUCCUUCGUGGAUAAAACAGUACUGCCCUUCGUGAGCACAGUGCCUUCCAAGUUGCGCCAUCCCUGUCCCACCAGACUUGAGCCCUGCCAACCGCCCUUCAGCUUUCACCAUGUGCUGUCCCUGACGAAUGAGGCAAAGGUCUUCGAGCGGGAGGUGGGGCUCCAGAAUGUGUCCGGCAACCUGGACCUGCCUGAGGGUGGCUUUGACGCCAUUUUGCAGGCUGCAGUCUGCCAGGAGCAGAUUGGCUGGAAAAACGUGUCCCGGCUGCUGGUGUUCACCUCAGAUGACACAUUCCACACAGCUGGGGAUGGGAAAUUGGGUGGCAUUUUCAGACCCAACGAUGGACGCUGCCACUUGGAUAGCAAUGGUCUUUAUAGUCGUAGCCCAGAGUUUGACUACCCCUCUGUGGGUCAGGUAGCUCAAGCCCUCUCUGCAGCAAAUAUCCAGCCCAUCUUUGCUGUCACCAGUGCCACCCUGCCUGUCUACCAGGAGCUGAGUAAAUUGAUUCCUAAAUCCACAGUCGGGGAGCUGAGUGAGAACUCCAGCAAUGUGCUGCAGCUCAUCGUGGACGCUUAUAAUAACCUGUCAUCCACUGUGACCCUUAAACACGUUUCACCUCUUCCUGGGGUCCACAUCUCUUACGAAUCCCAUUGUUCUGGGAAGGAGGGUGACGCUGGGAACCAGGGCCAGUGCAAUGAUGUCCAAAUCAACCAGAUGGUGAAUUUCUCGAUUACUCUCCGAACCACCAGCUGCUUUGAAGAGCCCCAAUUUCUGAAGUUUCGGGCUCUUGGCUUCUCAGAGGAGCUGACUGUGGAGCUGUCUACACUGUGUGAUUGUAAUUGUAGUGACAACCAGCCUCAGGCUCCCUACUGCAGUGAUGGCCAGGGGCAACUGCAGUGUGGGGUGUGCAGUUGUGUCCCUGGGCGUCUUGGUCGGCUCUGUGAGUGUUCUGAGGCUGAGAUGUCCACCUCAAAUCUGGAAGCUGGGUGCCAGGCCCCUAAUGGGACAGGCCCUCUGUGCAGUGGGAGGGGACGGUGCCAGUGUGGACGCUGUAGCUGCAGUGGACAUAAUUCUGGACACCUAUGCGAGUGUGAUGAUGCCAGCUGUGAGCGGCACAAGGGCCGUCUCUGUGGAGACUCUGGCCGCUGCCAAUGUGGAGUGUGUAUAUGCAAUGCCAAUUACACGGGCAAAGCCUGUGAGUGCAGCACAGCUGUGGACAACUGCAUCAGUCCUAAAGGAGGUAUCUGCAGUGGGAAUGGACAAUGCAUAUGUAACCACUGCCAGUGCAACAGCAGCUACUAUGGUGCUCUAUGUGACCAGUGCUCAAGCUGCAACACAUCCUGUGAGACGCAUAGGGGCUGUGCAGAGUGCUGGGCCUUUAUGACUGACACCCUGGCCAAAAACUGCAGCCUGGCUUGUAAACAUGUCAAUGUGACUCUGGCUUUGGCUCCUAUCCUGGACGAUGGCUGGUGCAAAGAGAGAACCCAGGACAACCAAUUAUUCUUCUUCAUGGUGGAGAAGGCCGAUGGCAGGGUUAUGCUGAGAGUGAGACUCCAAGAAAAGGAAAAAGACCAUACCCAGGCCAUUGUGCUAGGAUGUGUAGGGGGCAUCGUGGCAGUGGGACUAGGGCUGGUCCUGGCUUACCGGAUCUCAGUAGAAAUUUAUGACCGCCGGGAAUACAGUCGCUUUGAGAAGGAACAGCAACAACUUAAUUGGAAGGAGGACAACAAUCCUCUCUACAAAAGCGCCAUCACAACUACCAUCAACCCCCACUUUCAAGAAAAAGAAAGUCCUCCUUCCUGA